ACAGCCGAAACAGAAAACUGUCUGCACAGAUAGGGAAAGGCAGCACAACCUCAGAGGAAGAAGCGCGAAAAAAAAAACGCCAAGGACGCUCAGAGAAAUGCUGUGCCCCCGUGCAUUCCAGCCUUCCUACAGCCCACUGAUGGACUUCCACUGGCCCGUACGCAGCCUCUGGCCAGAGACACAGCCUCUCUUCUACCAGAUGGAGCAAGAGAUGAUGAGACACAUGCAGGAGAUGAAGCAGAGCUUGGAGUUCAUGGAGCAGCUCCACAGGAAGAUUUUUGAAGAGAUCGAUCCGCUUCCAUCUGCCCAGUCUCUGGCCGUCCAGCCCAUCUCCUUCACCUCGGAGAACGAGGGAGACCGUUUCGCCCUCACACUGGACACUAAGGACUUCUCACCAGAGGACCUGACAGUCAAGCAGGUGGGAAGGAAGCUGCGGGUGUGUGGGAAGACGGAGAAGAAGCAGGAUGAUGGAAAGGGCUCCUACUCUUAUAAAAGACAAGAGUUCAGACAGGAGUUUGAUCUGCCUGAAGGUGUGAACCCCAGCUCGGUGACGUGCUCCCUGUCGGACGGGCGGCUCCAGAUACAGGCUCCGAGGGAGGCGCUGGCUGGUCACUCUGAGAGAGUGGUGCCCAUUGACUGCGUACCCUCUGUGAAGACCCCACAGCCCCUCAGCUCAGAGAGUGACAACAAUAUCACCACAGUGGAUUCCUCCAAGGACUGAUCUGACAGGAAAAAGUACCACAGGGAUUAAUAUGGGCCCAAUAUCUACAAUUCAAAAAAUAUUCCUUUACUCUUUCAUUUUCCUUUAACAAAUGACUUCAUGAGCUGUAUUACUGUCGUUUAUAAAGAUUAAUGUUUUUUACCCAAACAAUUCAAGAGAGAGCAAUUCUUGGAGUAUUUGCCAUGGAGAUAAAAUAUAGAGUUUUGGCACCUUGUUUGUUGCAGUGACUUCUAUGAAUAAAUUACUUGCUUCAAUGUGAAGUAUUUGUGUUGUUUACUUGUUGACAUUUACUUUCACUGAGUGAAUGGAAAUACCUCAGAGGUGUAUCAGUUGUGGAGCAAAUAAUCACAUACUUGUUGAAGAGAUACUAAUGAAGCUCUAGGGAUGGUGAUUGUGGCUCUGGUCCAAAUUUUGACGAACACCUACAGAACUGUCCACAAUGUAUUCUGAAGAGAGAAGGUAACAUGAGGAUCACAGCAACAGUUAAUUGUAUUUUCAAGAGCAAAAAACUAAAUGAAUCAUUGUUCACCUUUGCAAAGACAAAUUUGACAAAAAUUUCCAAAUGACAUUCAAUGUAAGUGGUGAUGCUUAACUACUUGAUUGGAUCUACCGUGUGUGAAUGUUAAAAUGACAUUUCAUUGUUCACAAAUUUUUCAUUAAAAAAGUUACAGUUCA